GUACACGCCGCUUGCCGUAGGCGCGGUGAAGCCUGGGUAGGACACUGAAAGCGGCGGGAGAGCGGCACAUCUAUCCUCAAAUUUAACAAAAACCGAGUUAUACUGAACAUUAACCGAGUGAGAAGAGUGCAUUUAGGUGUAAUUCAGGGUUAAGUUUGGUCAAAUCAAAGGUGUUUGGCAGCGCUUCAGCAACAAUGGCGAAGGUACAGGUGUUGAAUGUGGCUGUUCUGGACAACCCGAGUCCUUUCGGAAACCCUUUUCAGUUUGAAAUAACAUUUGAGUGUAUGGAGGACCUCCCCGAAGACCUUGAAUGGAAGAUCAUCUACGUUGGCUCAGCAGAGAGCGAAGAGUAUGACCAAGUCCUCGACUCUGUCUUGGUUGGUCCAGUACCUGCUGGGAGACACAUGUUUGUGUUUCAGGCUGAUGCCCCAAACACUGGAUUGAUUCCUGAAAGUGAUGCUGUCGGUGUAACUGUGGUGCUGAUCACCUGCACGUAUCGUGGCCAGGAGUUCAUUCGCAUUGGUUAUUAUGUGAACAAUGAGUACACAGACCCAGAGCUUCGAGAAAAUCCACCGAUCAAGCCAGACUACACACAGCUCCAGAGAAAUAUUCUGGCAUCAAACCCACGUGUUACCAGAUUCCAUAUAAACUGGGAAGGCUGUGCGGAGAGAAUGGAAGACUCUGAAAAUGUCGAUCCCACGUCAAACUCCAUGCUCCCUCCGUCCUGUCUCCCAGGCAAGGCCCCGCCGUUGGGGUUACUACCAGAUAACUCUAUGGACUGCUUAUAGAAUCAACCCCCGCCCCAAAAGGUGAUGACUCGCCGCACAAGACCUUAUUUUGGAAGAAUGCCUGUGGACAUUCUAGCGUGGAUGUACAGACAUCUUUGCCUUACAGUCCUUAUUUAACUCUCUCCUUGGUCUUCUGACGAGUGUUUGUUUAGAGGAAGAUUAAGAACCAAUCACCACCAGUAUAAUCCUCACCUAUAGAUGGGAGUUCCUCACCAUGAUGUGGAAGGCAGUAUUGAAGUAGUUUAACUCACGGAAGGGAAAGCGGUAACUAUGAACAGAUACAGCUGAACUGAAGCAGAACGGAAAGCUGAUGUGUGAUUCACCUUCCUUCCUUAUGUUGGUGCAGAACUGUUUUUGUACCCAGGAUUUCAGCACUGAAGCAAGCAAUAGGCAAAUAAAUUCCAAUAUGUUGCUGUACAGGAAUUUGUUAAUCUGCCAUUAUGUUUGUGUUCAAAUUCCUUUUGCACUUAGGCUUAUUCCCACUUAUAUUUUGGAGUUGUUGGUUUGUUUGUUUUUUGUUGCAAUGUUGUGUUCCAAAUAAAAGAACAUUGUAUUUGUUA